AUGAGUUGGAUCAAGUUUUUAAUUGAUGAAAUUGGACUUUCAUCUUUAUAUAAAAGUAAUAAAGAUGUUUAUUUCAUAAUAUUACUACGGAUGAUUAGAUUGAUUGGAUUUGGAUCAACUUCAUUAAUACUUGUACUAUAUUUAAAAUCAUUAGAUAUACGUGAGGAAUUAAUUGGUUUCUUUCUCACACUAACAUUUAUUGGUGAUUUAGUAUUAUCAUUUGUGAUCAGUUUGUAUACUGAUUUAAUAGGAAGAAAAAGAAUAUUGUUAAGUUGUUCAUUAUUAAUGGGUUUAACAGGUUUGAGUUUCGUCAUAUUCGACAACUUUUAUAUCUUAGCUGCAGUUGCUAUGUUGGGUAUUUUAACUCCAUCUGGAGGUGAGGUUGGUCCUUUUAGAACUAUUGAACAAAGUUCUAUUGCAUCUUUAGUUACUCAUGAAUUCAGAUCUGAUAUAUACGCGUGGUAUUUAUUUUUAGGAUCAUUUUGUCAUGCUCUUGGAUCAAUUUUAGCUGGUUGUAUAAUUGAUUCAACAUUGAAUGCUGGAUUUAAUAAAGUUGAGAGUUAUAAAUUUGUUUUCCUUAGUUACACUAUCUUGGGUGGUGUUUCAUGUAUUUUAUGUAUGUUUUUAAGUAAUGGAAUUGAAAUCGAACAAGAUAAAGCAACAGUUAAUGAAACAUCACAAUUAUUACAAGAAGAGGGUGAAAUUGAACCAAUAUCAUCACAAAAAAAGAAAGGUUUCAAAUUCUUACCACAUUUAACACCUGAUAUUUAUUCAAUUGUUAUUAAAUUAAGUUUAUUGUUUGGUUUGGAUUCAUUUGCAUCAUCAUUAACACCAAUCUCAUGGCAAUCAUACUAUAUUAAUAACAAAUUUAAUUUAUCAUCAUCAUUCUUAGGUUCAAUCUUUUUCACCACUGGUAUUAUAGCAAGUUUUACAGCAUUAGGAAGUACUUCAUUGAAUAAAAGAAUUGGUGCAGUUAAAACAAUGGUUUUUACACAUUUACCAGCUUCAAUCUUAUUAGCUUGUGUACCAUUGCCAAAAUCAUUGUACGUUACAUUAACAAUUUUGAUUUUACGAAGCUCAACUCUGUCAAUGGACACUGCACCUAAACAUGUAUUUUUAGCAACGUUAAUUGCUGAUAACAAUAGAACUGCAGUAUUUGGAUUUGUAAAUGUUGUUAAGACGUUAUCACAAGCUAUAGGUCCAACUAUAGUUGGUAUAUUAACAAAGAAUAAUUUACAAUGGGUCAGUUUUAUAAUUGCAGGUUCAUUAAAAUCUAUAUAUGAUAUAGGUAUAUUGGUUACUUUUAUAACUUAUAACAAACAUGUAGUUCAUUGA